UGACAAGUGUCGAGUGAUCCCAUCCAUGGAUCGACGAUGAACGUGGCGGUAUGAUGCGAUGCAAAUUCCAGAAAAGUUGAACCAAGGGAAUAACGCAGGAAAAAAAAAGUUUACAACCGCGUGAUCAUAUCAUUUCCAUUUACGAAAUUGGAUAUUUCUUAGAUUUGAUUUGAUUAUUUGAAUAAUUUGUGAAUGACGGAUCAACGGAAAUUUCAAAUACUAGUUCAGCUGCGGUGGUCGGCGGCGGCGGCUGCUGCUAUCGUGAUUGCUGCUGCUGUAUCAUGCAGUGCGGCGGAAGAGGCUCCUCUUGUUUCCAGAAUUGCCUUUGGAUCCUGCGCCAAUCAGAGCGCUCCACAGCCCAUUUGGGAUGCAAUUAUUGAGUAUGAUCCCCAAGUUUUCAUUUGGCUGGGGGACAACAUCUAUGGAGACAUUAGACGCCCUUUCAAGCUUUUCGGUAAGGAAAGGACUAUUGGGCCCUGGAAAAAUGUUCCCAGGUUCAUACCUUCCUCUGAACAGGAAAUGAAGUCUCGCUAUCACCUGGCUAAGGCCAAUCCUGGUUAUUCUCGUCUUCGAACCAAAACUAAGGUUGUUGGUACCUGGGAUGACCAUGAUUAUGGAUUAAACGAUGCUGGCAAAGAAUUUCAGGGGAAGAUUAAUAACCAGAGACUUAUGCUUGAUUUCUUGGAUGAACCACAGGAAAGUCCUCGGAGGAAACAAGCUGGCAUCUAUGCUUCUUAUGUAUUUGGUCCUGUUGAUAAACAAGUGAAGGUUAUUCUUCUGGAUACAAGGUACCAUAGAGAUCCAUUAUUUAGUGAUGGGAGUAUUUUGGGGGAAGCACAGUGGAAAUGGUUGGAGGAGGAAUUGAAUGGACCUUCCACAGCUGUUACCAUCAUUGGAUCUUCAAUUCAGGUCAUAUCAAACCAUACAGCAACAAUUGGCCCUCUAUUUUAUAUGGAGUCGUGGGCACGUUUCCCUAAAGAAAGAAGUCAUCUUUUCAAAUUAUUAUCUGAUAGUAAGAGGGAAGGCGUGUUCUUUAUAAGUGGAGAUGUUCAUUUUGGAGAAAUAUCGCGAAGUGAUUGUUCUGUUGGGUACCCCUUGUACGACAUAACAUCUAGUGGGCUUACUCAAGCUGUGGAAAAGGUUGUCCCGCCACCAUUACAUCUAUUUGUGAGAUUCUUGGCUUGGUUAACACCAGCUCCAAUGAGAGUGAUGGACAAAAGCUGCAGAUUUCAUUCAUGCACAUGUGGAAAACCAAAUUUCGGAUCGAUUGAGAUUAAUUGGAAUACAACUCCGGCCAGUUUGAGAUUUGAAGUAAAAGAUGAAAAUGGAUUACCAGUUACGGCUGUGAACAUUUCUUUAUUGCAACUCCAAGGCCAAAGAACAGACACCAAAAUGAACACAGUGAAUGAAAAAUUUCAGAAGCAUUGUUCUCUUGAAGGUGAUUUACCAUUGCUUGUCAGAUACCGACUGGCUAUUCUGCUCCUUUUCACAUUAACUGUGGUAGUUGUAGUAAUUGUAGCACUCCUUUAUAUUAUUACACUAUGCUCGAUGCGGUGUCUUCAAAAGUACAAGUUGGAUUGACAGUUUAAGCUGCAUCAUUAUUGAGUUGAGUCCUCACUACAAAUUCUACUGAAUUGGUUAGAUUCAAUGGAAGGAUUCACCACAAAUUUUGAAGUGAACUAGUCAUAGUGCUCUUUUGUCUUUAUAAUAAUUAUCCUUUUCUUUAGUGCAAUCAGAAAUGGCUGGCAAGCCUGUUGAAUUUUGUAGAAUUAGUGGCGUUUUGCUCGUGACAAUAUGAUGAUAAAAGUAUAGACAAUAAAAAGUGUUUAAUUAGUGUUGCCA